CCCUUGCGGGUAUCACCAUAUUCUUGUCUUCUUCAUCAUUUCACAGCCGCUGAUUCAGAGCCAUAUCUGGGAUUCGCCGCUUGGGGGAACUUCAAUUGAAUUAGGGAAUCGUGGGAUUCGUCGAUUCCUAACCAGAUCAGGGAUUCACUGCCUGCUGCUACUUGUUGUCGAAUGUUAUCUUUGUUUCUUCUCAAAAACAACUUCUUCCAUCUUCGGCCACCGGAGCUUUUGGCGACCAUAGUAGUUUCAACUGGAGGAACGAUUAGCAUUGGGUGCAAUCAGUAGCAGCAGCACGUGAAGGUGAAAGAUGAAGUAAUUAAUUGAUUAGGGAAUAAGAAAGGAGGUGUGUGGAGUUGAGAAGCAGGAGGUGGUGAUGUAGCUUGGCCUCCAAUUAUUAUCUGAACUUCUAUUUAAUGCCCUAACUUUUUAAAUUUUACGCCCUAAACUUACCGAAAGUGACGAUUUUACCCCAACCUAUUCCUAAUUCCUAGAAAAUCGUGAUCAGUUUUUUGCCCUAGACAAGACUCGCUCUGUUGCUCCGUACUAAUUCCGUUUUUCUACGUCUGUCACCGCCGCCACCUCCGACCACCAAAACAAAUCCUACGUUGUAGCUCAAUUCUCCCCCACUCGGGUGGCGCACGGAACCCUACCCUUGGCCAGAUGCAUGCCCUACCUGCCUCUGCUGCUCACCGGACGGGAAGAACCCAGCCAACGAUUCUUUUAUCCUCCCCUCUUCUUCCUUAUCGGGCGACGGCAGAGUUGGGCUCCCGGUGGACUUCAAAAGGCAUCAGAUUCGGCUCUCUUUCGAUCUUCUUCCUUCUCCCGAAGGAGGUGCAACUCCAGCAGAGAUGGGGGUAUCCUUCUUUAUCCUCAAAGUCGGCAAAAUCCGACGGCAGCAGCAUCGUAGAGUGGCGGCAGAUGUCGGGAUGAGGUUAGAUCGGAGACAGAGGAGGGGUAGGGGUUAAUUGAAUGUAAAGGGCAUAAGUGUAAUUGUAAUAGGUUUUAGGGCGACUGUUUUUGAACUCUAGGGCGUGAAAUAGUAACUCCCAUUAUUAUUCGCUCUGCUCCCAAAGUGUCUCAAGUUAAGGAGCAACGGUAUUUGUGGCAGUAACUGGUUGAUAAUCGUUAACCGGUUGACCAGUUAACCGAUUAACCGGAUUGCUACCAGUAUCGGUAGUCGGCAACAGCUUGCCUCUAAUCGAUAUACAGAUAACCGGUAACCAACCGAUUACCACUCGUAAUGAUGAGGACUUCUCAUUCCUUAUGCUCGCACAAUAGCUUUCAAAUCUCAUUUCUUCAUAACAUUUUAUUAUAUUAAAUUUAAUUAGAAUUUUCGAAUUGAAUCCAUGGAUUGUACUUGUAGUUGUAUGGCCAUAUUAUCGAUUAUGAAACAGCAAUACUAACCAUAUCAUAUUUCUGCACUAUUUUGAGUUUCUAUUUGCUCUCUCGACCCGAUCUCAAUUUAGAAUUUUGUUUCUACUAUAAACUUAUAUGGGAUCCCCUCAGCUCCAUCUUAAAUUCUCCGUAAAACCAUUUUCUCAGUGUCCAUCGUUCAUUGAAAUUUUGAUUUCAAAUUGUCCUAGCAAAACUUUUCCACAACUAUUUGCUAGGGUGGACAACGAGAUGGGAUUGGGUACUCGUUCUGUAUGAAACGGGUACCCAAUCUCAUUUGGAAAGCAAAGUCCAUUCCAUGUCUCAAAUUCUUAUGGGUUAACUUAUACCUAAAUUAUCCAUAUGGGUUAACGGGUACCCAAACUACCUGUAUAUACCCGUUCAACAUGAGAACAAUUACAAAACUACACUUGAAAAAAAUAACAAAAUCAAACCUGGAAAAAAAUGAAGAAGAGACUUGAUAGUUGGUACACUAGGCACAAAACAAAAUGGCAUCAGAAUUAAGAGAAGUAGCUAAGGCUUUGUCCAUCGGCUCCUCCUUACGUGAAAGGACAUAAGAUUUAAAAGAAGUAGCUAAAGCUACUUUCCAUAAUCACAUUCGGCCAUUGAUUAAUUGAACCCACAUAACAUGAAAAUGAUAUCUUGAUGAUGAAGCUAAUCUCCUAAAUCGUAAUUGAUAUUAUGGGUACUCAUACUACUCAAACGGUUAUUAGCGGAGAACCCGCAACCGCAGGUACCCAAUGUUGAAAAUUUUAAUUGCAAACCCUAUCUUUUUAUAAAUAUUACGGGUAUUUUAGUACCCAUAACCCUAAAAAAAUGGAAUGGGUUUGGACAUACCCAAAUACCCUUUUCUCGUUGCCUACCCCUACUAUGCCCCUUGAAAUGGCAUAUGUGUUGCCUCCUUUGGGCGACAAUAUCUAGACAUGUCAAUGGGUAGACCCAUUGGAUUAUUUGACUCAAAUGCCAUGACCCAUAUGGGUAUUGGGUCGGACCAAAAUGGACUCAAAUGCAUUUUUAAUGAUUUUGGUUUGGGUUGGUAUGAAUUGGGUCUUAUUUGGGUUAAUACACAAAAAUUAUAUAAACUAUUUCCUUAACUACUUUCAAUCCAAUUGUACACCUUUAAUGUAUGUGUUUUAUCCUUUCAAUUUUAUUCAUAGCAAAAAAUAAGACAAAAAUUGCAUUAUAAUCGGAUACCCAUUUUCAUGUGGACUUACAAUACUAUGGGUCCAAUUUAGACCCAAACUAAACAAUUGGGUAUGGAUAUGCCCAAAAGGAAAUUACCCAAACUUGAUUUGACCAAUAAUAAGUUGGAUUUGGGUAAUACCCAAACUUGAAAGCCCAUUUGCCAUCCCAGCAAUAUCAUGGUCCAUAAAAUCGUACCGGAUAUCGUACCGAAAAAGUCAACAGUAGAAUAUUUUAUAAUAAAAUCAUGGUUUAACU